CAACAACUCUUCUAAAUAGAAAAAAAAAAGAUAUACAAGGCUGCUUACUAAGAGAGAACAUGGGAAGUUCAAUCGGGGCGAGGCAAUGGCCUCGACUCAUAUAUGCAGUAGCACUUUGCAUAAUUGCUUUAAGUACUUUUGUUAUUGCUGAUGAUGAUAAGCCUUAUUACGGAGGCCAAUUUCCAUAUAACAACUAUCCCCAACCACCCAACACUUACAAGCCACCUCCAUAUAACAACUAUCAAUCUCCACCCCCAUAUCCUUACAAAUUUCCUCCAUAUAAUUAUCAAUCUCCUCCUCCUUAUGACAAUAAAUUUCCUCCAUAUUACUAUAAAGCUCCACCGUCUCCUUAUGUUGACAAAUUUCCUCCGUAUUACUAUAAAUCUCCACCUAUAUCAUCUCCAUCACCACCACCUCCAUAUGUCGACAAAUUUCCACCAUAUUAUUACAAAUCUCCUCCUCCACCAUCUCCAUCACCACCACCUCCAUAUGUUUACAACUCACCUCCUCCUCCAUAUAUCUACAAAUCUCCACCUCCACCACCAUAUGUCUAUAAUAGUCCACCACCACCACCAUAUGUGUACAAGUCACCACCUCCUCCACCUUAUGUAUACCCAUCCCCUCCAUAUGUUUACAAGUCUCCACCCCCUCCUUCACCUUCUCCUCCACCACCAUAUAUCUAUAAAUCACCUCCACCUCCAUCCCCUUCACCUCCUCCUCCAUAUGUCUACAAGUCACCACCUCCACCAUCUCCGUCACCACCACCUCCAUAUGUUUAUGAGUCUCCACCUCCACCAUAUGUCUACAAGUCUCCACCACCACCUCCAUACGUUUAUAAGUCACCUCCGCCACCUUCACCUUCACCACCUCCUCCAUACUACUAUAAAUCUCCACCUCCGCCAUCCCCUUCACCUCCUCCGCCUUAUGUCUAUAAGUCACCACCACCACCAUCGCCUUCACCACCUCCUCCAUAUGUCUACAAGUCACCACCACCUCCAUCUCCUUCACCACCUCCUCCAUACGUCUAUAAGUCUCCACCCCCACCAUCUCCUUCACCACCACCACCAUAUAUCUAUGAGUCUCCACCUCCACCAUAUGUCUACAAAUCCCCACCUCCACCUCCCUAUGUUUAUAACUCUCCUCCAAAACCUUACAUUUAUUCAUCACCACCUUCAUAUUAUCCUUCACCAACUCCUUACAUUUAUAAAUCUCCACCUACACCAUAUAAUCCAUAUUUAUAUAGUUCACCACCUCCUCCCCCAUUGUAUUAAGCUUCAUAUGUGUUUUUGAUUUUCUUCAAUAAUUUUACUCUGAUAAAUGUUGUGUGGUUUGUAAUAAAGUCUUCAUUGUAAUAAAAACCUAAAUUCUAAUAAAAGAUAUAUUUUGAUCUC